UCUCAGACACCUGCGGAGUCUUGCUCAGCAGGACAGAGGGAUUACACACACGCUGAAAGCAAUACAAAUAAUCUCACAGCAAAUAAUCAGCAGCCAUGGUGGAUGCAGCAGCAGCCGAGCAGUUUCUGGAUGCCAACCCACAGUUUGCCAAGCAGUACUAUGACACCAACUUCCGACCUAAGAUAAUCUCAGACCUCCUGGACAACAACCGGAAGACAGCAGUGGACAUUAGCAAGUUCCAUGACCUGACAAUGGUGGAAGAGAGUGAGAUCCUCUUUGACCUGGUGCGGGACAUUCACGACAAUCUGCAGAUGGAGAAGUCUAUUUUCAACCUCAUGAAGCAUCUCAGCUUCAUGUUGAGGGCUGACAGAAUGAGCCUCUUCAUGUAUCGACAGAGAAACGGUGUGGCUGAGUUGGCCACAAGAUUGUUCAAUGUCCACAAAGACGCAGUACUAGAUGACUGUCUGGUGCCACCCGACAGUGAGAUUGUUUACCCACUGGAUUUGGGCAUAGUGGGACAUGUGGCCACCUCCAAGAAGAUGGUCAACGUCCCCAAUGUAUCUGAGCACUCCAACUACAGUGACUUUGUGGACGAGCUGACUGAGUAUCAGACCAAGAAUGCAUUGGCCAUACCAAUCAUGAACGGCAAGGACAUGGUGGCCGUCAUGAUGGCCGUCAACAAGUUAGAGGGGAACUGCUUCACUGACAAGGACGAAGAGACCCUGAAGAAGUACCUGAACUUUGCUAACCUGGUUCUGAGGGUUUUCCACCUGAAUUACUUGCACAACUGUGAGACCAGGAGGGGCCAGGUGCUGCUGUGGUCAGCCAGCAAGGUGUUUGAAGAGCUGACGGACAUAGAGAGACAGUUUCACAAGGCUUUGUACACCGUCAGAGCUUUCCUCAACUGUGAUCGCUACUCUGUGGGCCUGCUGGACAUGACCAAAACCAAGGAGUUCUUUGACUUGUGGCCUGUACUGAUGGGAGAAGUUCCUCCAUAUGAUGGACCAAAAACCCCUGAUGGCAGAGAAAUCAUCUUCUACAAAGUGAUUGACUACAUCCUCCACGGCAAGGAGGAAAUCAAAGUCAUACCGAAUCCUCCGGAAGAUCACUGGGCGCUGGUCAGUGGUUUACCUACCUACGUUGCAGAAAACGGACUGAUAUGCAACAUAAUGAACGCAGGAGAGGACGAAUUCUUCGACUUCCAGAGAGAGCCUCUGGACAAUUCAGGCUGGACCAUCAAGAACGUGCUGUCGAUGCCAAUCGUCAACAAGAAAGAAGAGAUCGUGGGUGUGGCCACUUUCUACAACAGGAAGGAUGGGAAACCCUUUGAUGACAUGGAUGAAACACUGAUGGAGUCUCUGACCCAGUUCCUGGGCUGGUCUGUGCUGAACACUGACACCUACGACAAGAUGAACAAACUGGAGAACAGGAAGGACAUCUUUCAGGACAUGGUGCUGUACCACGUCAAGUGUCGCAAGGACGAAAUCCAAAACAUACUGAACACCAGAGAGAGAUGGGGGAAGGAGCCUGACGAGUGUGAGGAAGAGGAGCUGCAGGAAAUCCUGUCAGAAGUUCUGCCCGACUCCAAAAAAAUUGACCUCCUGGAGUUCCACUUCUACGACUAUUACCACACUGAGCUAGAACUGGUGAAGUGUGGCAUCCAGAUGUACUACGAGCUAAAGGUGGUGGAUAAAUUUCACAUCCCUCGAGAGGCUCUGGUGAGAUUCAUUUAGUCCCUGAGCAAAGGCUACAGGAAAAUCACAUACCACAACUGGCGACACGGUUUCAACGUGGGACAGACCAUGUUCACUCUGCUAAUGACAGGUGACCUUAAACGUUACUACACAGACCUGGAGUGUAUGGCAAUGGUCACUGCUGGUUUGUGCCAUGAUAUUGACCACAGAGGGACCAACAACCUGUACCAGAUGAAGUCUGGUAACCCCCUGGCGAAGCUCCAUGGCUCCUCCAUCCUGGAGAGACACCACCUGGAGUUUGGCAAGACUUUACUGAGAGAUGAUGCACUGAACAUUUUUCAAAACCUAAACCGCCGUCAGCACGACACCGUCAUCCACCUCAUGGACAUCGCCAUCAUUGCCACUGACCUGGCUCUCUAUUUCAAAAAGAGGACAAUGUUCCAGAAGAUUGUGGAUCAGUCCAAAACCUAUGAAAACUGGAACGACUGGACCAAGUACAUGAUGCUGGAGACCACACGGAAAGAGAUUGUAAUGGCCAUGAUGAUGACGGCCUGUGACCUUUCUGCAAUCGCUAAACCAUGGGAGAUUCAGAGUAAGGUGGCGCUGUCUGUAGCUGCAGAGUUCUGGGAACAGGGAGACCUUGAGAGGACAGUCUUGGAGCAACAGCCCAUUCCAAUGAUGGACAGAAACAAAGCAGACGAGCUGCCGAAGCUGCAGUGUGGUUUCAUCGACUUUGUCUGCGCUUUUGUGUACAAGGAGUUCAGCCGUUUCCAUGUGGAGAUAACGCCCAUGCUGGACCGCUUAUUGAACAACAGAAAGGAGUGGAACGCCCUGAAGGAGCAGUAUGAGGCCAAGUUGGCUGCUCUGGAAGAAGCCAAGAAAGCCAAGGAGGGGGACGCUCAGAAAACUACAGCAGCCAAACAAGCAGCUUCAGCCCAGACCCAGUCAAAGACGUGUGUUCUCAGUUAGAUAUCCUGCAGCCAGACCAGUCUGCUGACUCUGUCUAUGUCCAUCUCUGGAUCUUCUGUACUAAAUGUUUGAGUGUGCCGAUGUCGGUUGUGCAGUUACACGCACCUUUAAUAUUAGUUUAGAGAUGUAAUAAACUGUAGAAUAAAUAAUGAAAUUAUCUGUAAUUUAAAGAGAAAAAUAUAUAAAUACAGCAGCCAAGAAAGAAAAUCUGUAAUUUUGAAAUAAAACAAGCCAAACCAUCCAUGUUGUCGUUACACCAACAUAUCAGAACAAAUCUGGUGGUGCUCUAUAAAACUGGUAAUUUUAUAAAGGCUUGGGGUCAAGUAAGCAACGCUACUGUUUUCCAACCAGGGGGUGGCAGACCUGAUUCCAGACUGUAAUUAUCACACUGACAACACUACUGUCAGUAGAUAGAUGGCAAAACCUAAUCAAACUACGUAGGUCUGUAUACAUUCAAACACAUACACACAACAAAAUUAGUACUUUACGUCUAAACCCAAUCCCUGGAGCAAUGGCUCUUUCAGCCACACUGGGGACAAACCAGCAACAAUUA